GGCCGGGGUCACAGUGACCCAACACCACCACCUGCUGGAUACUAGUAAAAGGUCCUGCCCCAAAAUUGACAUUCUCAACAUUCCGGGCAAGGGCCUGUGUCGAAUACGGCGUGUCUGCCCCAAACGGGCCCUUGGGCACCGUGUGAGUUUGGAUAUCGAAUCUAAAAACGCCCCCCUACAAACUACUUUCCCUUGGUUGUGGAAAUUGUGCCUUUCGGGUAUGGCUGUUGUUAGACAACCUUCCCCUUGCCUCGGCGGGACAGAGUGACCACCGGCCAGCGUUCCGAGUCGAUUCCCAGUGUCUGUGUGGGUUAGAGAGACCCCGGCAGCGUUUAGCAAGGUGUAUGUUGUAACCCUCCUACCCCUGUCUGGGCCAGGUCACAUUGACCCGAGCCCUGUUGUAAGCCCUGCGUUAUGAGUUGUUCCCCUCUGUUCCGGGGGCCUGGGGUCAGAGAGACCCCGGCGGCGUUAGCAAGGUGUAUGUUGUAAACCCUCCCCUCCUACCCCUGUCUGAGCCGGGUCGGAGUGACCCGGGGCCUGUGUUAGGAGUUGUUCCCCUCUGUCUGGGCCGGGUCGGAGUGACCCCGGCAGGGACCAGUUGUCCCCACCAACUCUGUGCACGACCUCGGUGCUAUCACGCGGGUAGGCCAGCCGAGCGUCCCGGAUGGGACCGAAGGGGCCAAGGGGCCGAAGGGGCGAAGGGGCGAAGGGCCGAAGGGCCGAAGGAGCAGGCAGGGCCGACCACGCGCCUCGUCCAUUCGCGUGCCUCGUCCCAUUCACGUGGCCACCGUAAGCAGGGCGUAGAGAGGCUACUAAUAUUGUCAGGAAGAAGAAGAAGAAGAAGAAGAAGAGGACGACGACGAGGACGACGACGAGGAGGAAUACGACCCCGCCGAGCGUGAGCCCUCCGCCUACGACAGUAAGCAGGGCGUAGAGAGCCUACUAAUAUUGUCAGGAAGAAGAAGAAGAGGAAGAAGAACAACAAGAACAACAACAACAACAACAACAACAAGAAGAACAAGAUGAGGACGAUGAUGAGGACGACGACGACGAGGACGACGACGACGAGGAAUACGACCCCGCCGAGCGUGUUGCCUCCGCCUACGACGCCUCGCAGUCCCGGUUUCAGCGCGGCUCAGGUCCUGGAACAGAUAUCCUCCAGCGUCGACCAAGAAGACGAAGAAGACUACUGCGAUUCCGAAGAGGAGGACGUUUCGGAAGAUGAAGACGGUGAGGAAUACAACCCCGAGCGCGACGCGGACGACUACGGAGACGACUCGGCCUCGCGGUCGAGCUCCUCUUCGGAGGAAGAGCCGGAGGAAGAGCCGGAGGAAGAGCCGGAGGGAGACGCGGCCGCUGCCCGAGAGGAGCGAGACAGAGAGCCAGACAGAGCCAGAGAGCCAGAGCGAGAAAGGGAGACGUUGCUGUCGAAAAACGGCAAAAUCAAAUGGUCCUCCGCGGCCUAUCGCGGCCCGGACCGACCCCGCGCCAUCCGCCAGCCCUGCCCCGCCGUGACGCCGGGCCCCACGGCCUACGCCGCGUCGCGAGCGCUCGACAUCGAGUCCGCCUUCCGGCUGUUUGUCACACCGGCGAUAGAAAGGAUCAUCGUGGACAUGACCAAUCUGCAGGGGGUGAGAAAAUACGGAGACGGCUGGCGACCCAUGGACUCCACCGACCUGCGCGCCUACGUAGGGCUGCUGAUCCUAGCCGGCGUCUACAGGUCCCGAGGCGAGGCCGCGGCCAGCCUGUGGGACGCCGAGAGCGGCAGGACCGUGUUCCGCGCCACCAUGCCGCUCAAGGCGUUUCACAAGUACUCGAGGCUGCUGCGAUUCGACGACCGCCAGUCGAGACCCGCGAGACUCGCCACCGACAGACUGGCGGCCGUGAGAGAGGUGUGGGACCUGUGGGAGGAGCGGCUGCAGGCCCUCUACAACCCGGGGCCCGAAGUGACGGUGGACGAACAACUGGUCCCGUUCAGAGGACGCUGCCCUUUCCGACAGUACAUUCCCAGCAAGCCGGCCAAAUACGGCAUCAAGUCGUGGGUGGCCUGCGACGCCAAGUCCAGCUACGCUUGGAAGAUGCAAGUGUACACCGGCAAGGCGGCCGGCGGAUGCCCCGAGAAGAACCAGGGCGCGCGCGUCGUCCUCGAUCUGACCGAGGGACUGCCGGCCGGUCACAACGUCACGUGUGACAAUUUCUUCACCUCCUACGAACUCGGGCAGCGGCUCCUCGAGAGGAACCUCACCAUGGUGGGCACGGUGCGAAAGAACAAGCCCGAGCUCCCUCCCGCGCUGCUCCAGUCCAAGGGCAGACAGGUCUCGUCCUCCAGGUUCGCCUUCACGCCCACCGCCACUCUAGUGUCCUACCUGGCAAAGAGAAAUAAGAACGUGCUGCUUCUGAGCACGCGGCACGCGGAGCCCGACGUCAGCGAUCGCCGAGACCGGAAGCCGGCCCUCAUCCUAGACUACAACUGCAACAAGGGCGGCGUGGACAACCUAGACAAGGUGGUCGGGACCUACAGCUGCAGACGGAUGACCGCCCGCUGGCCCCUGGUCAUCUUCCACAACAUCCUCGACGUGUCCUCCUACAACGCCUUUGUCAUAUGGCGAGAGAUCAACCCCGACUGGAUGCCCGGGAAGCGGAACAAGAGGAGGGUGUUCCUGGAGCAGCUCGGAAAGGCGCUCGUGAAGCCCUUGAUCCAAAGAAGGCAGCGUCUCCCCCGCACCGAAGCCGCGUCCGCACUUGUCAAAGUCAUACGGGGCGAGCGUGUAUCCGCCGAGGCUCGUCCGCAGGCCCGCGAGCGAGCCGCCGGCCCGGCCGCCGCCGCCGCCCCGGCCGCCCCGCUGGGGGCGAGUAAGAGGAAGAGGUGUCAGGUCUGCCCACCCAAGAAGGACGCCAAGACACACACAGCGUGCUGCAGGUGUAAGAAAUACAUCUGCAAAGGCUGUUCACACCCAUACUGUCACACUUGUGCCCACUGGGCCUUUAGCCAAGACGGGACAGAGUGACCCGGGGGGGGACACUGUGUGCUAGGCAUAAUAGAAGGACAACGGGAGGGUUAUGUAACAACAACCAUACCCAAAAGGCACAAUAUCCACAACCAAGGGAAGGUAGUGCAGGAGGGGGGGCGUUUUUAGAAUCAAUACCCAAACUCACACGGGGCCCAAGGGCAGUACGGGGGACAGCCUGUCACUUCGCACACAGGGCCCUUGGCCGUAAUGUUGAAUCUGUGAGUGUCCACCACAACCUCUCAGUUAUCCAAAACUUUAUGUUGUAUCCUGUCUGUGGAAUUUGGAGGCUGUGACAAUAGAUCCAGCUUUCAGUAGUGUAGCAAACCACGUAUCAGUUAUCCAACACUUGAUGUUCUAGCCAACGCACUAAUACAGGGAAGUACUUAUAAGUCAGUUUGGGUUGUUACAAGAGUUUACAUUUAUCAACACUGGGGAAGAGGUAUCAGCUAUAACAAGUAGGACUAUUAUGGGUAACCUGUUCAUCUUCGUUGCAACAAUCCACUUGUCUCUAUGUAUGCAUCUGUACGAAAAGCACAGUGUAAUCAGUGAUGGACCUGUGCUUGAAGAAGACUACCUGGGUGUGGAUGGGGGACUUGACCUUGACGGAGAAUAUCGUGGUAUGGAUGGGGGACCUGAGUUUGACGGGGAAAAUGGGGUUAUGAACGGAGGCCCUGAGUUUGUGAACGGAGGCCCUGAGUUUGACAGACCCGGAUUACAAGGAAAAUCUAGAGUGGCCCGCUCUAUCCAAGGUGGUUCGGAUGACCACUCUAUGCCUGACCUCAUUGGGGUAGAGAAAGGUUAUUGCUACAGGAACAUUUGUAGGCAAUUUGACACCUGGAACGUUACUUACCGGGUGACAUUGAUGAAACCAUACCAAGUGUAUAAACUUGAUGGUAAAUGUCUGCCUAUCACUCUAGUGCGCUACUACGGAAAAGGAAAGCCUGACGUCUCAGUGUUCUCUGUGGUGUUUAACUGGAAGACAACGUCUACUCAGUCUCUAAUACCCAGUGGAUCACAAUACAAGGCAGGUGUACAGAUCUUGGUGAAUUGUGCAUCUGGAAGAGACAUGGAUGGUCCCGGAACAGCCGUGGUAGAUCGGCCUUACUACGCAGCCUGUCCUGUGGACUGUACCGGAUACAACGUGAACACUGGUGCCAGACUACAUUCCCUGGGUCUCAGUGUACUGAAGACUGAAGGUGUGAGGAUGAUGGACUUGUCAUCGGUGUCACUGAAUCUGACACUGCUCCGAGAAAGUAUGGGGGAGAUGUAAUUAUCCUAACAGUUGAAAUGUUAUAUUGUAUUCAUUUGGUACUAUGGUGAUGUGGACCUCUUUUAUCAAUAAAGUACAGUUGGUAACACUUGA